CCCAAGCCGGAACAGACUGCGAAGCGCCGGAGCUCGUUGUCGACGCUCAUGUGAAGUACAUACAAAGCUUGGAUACGAGGAAAGAUGAGCUGGACUACUGGCUUACCGAGCACUUACGACUCAACGGCCUGUAUUGGGGAUUAAAUGCUCUCUACUUGCUUCGUCGGCCGGAUGCCCUCCCACGACAAGACGUCAUCGAUUUCAUUCUCUCCUGCCAGCAUGAAAACGGCGGAUUUGGUGCAGCGCCAGGUCACGACGCCCACAUGCUUUCUACAGUAAGUGCUGUGCAGAUCCUCGCCAUGACGGAUGCUUUCGACCAGCUGGAAACCAAAGGCAAAGGGAAAGAACAGGUCGGCAAGUUCAUAGCAGGGCUACAAAACCAAGAAACCGGUACAUUUGCUGGAGAUGAAUGGGGCGAGGAAGACACUCGCUUCCUGUACGGCGCUUUCAACGCCCUGUCACUGCUCGGCCUCAUGUCUCUGGUUGAUGUUGGUAAAGCCGUUUCUCACAUCACCGCUUGUGCCAACUUUGACGGCGGUUAUGGAACUGGUCCCGGUGCGGAGUCGCAUUCAGGUCAGGUCUUCACCUGUGUCGCAGCGCUUGCGAUUGUCGGGCGUCUGGAUCUUGUGAAUAAAGAGAAACUCAGUCGAUGGUUGAGCGAGAGACAAGUCCCUUGCGGCGGCCUCAACGGUCGACCCGAAAAAGACGAGGACGUUUGCUACAGCUGGUGGGUGUUGAGUAGCCUUGCCAUCAUUGAGCGCACCCACUGGAUCGAUCGCGAUGCAUUGAUCGCUUUUAUUUUGAAAUGUCAAGACACUCAGAUGGGCGGAAUUUCCGAUCGGCCUGGUAACAUGGUUGAUGUUUGGCAUACUCAGUUUGGUCUGUGUGGUCUGAGCCUUUUGGGCUAUCCAGAUCUUGAGGCAGUCGAUCCAGUGUAUUGUAUGCCAAAGACCACAACAAAGAGACUUCUCGGUUGAUUGCUGCAAUUUUACAAGCGGCACCUUAUUCGUUACUUCGCAAUGGUGUUAGCCACCACCCUCGGGCCAUUCUUCGUACAUGCUUACGGUAUUGCUCAGUGAUGACAUGUGUAUAUCGUUGAGGGGAGAAACUUUUGUUUUUUUCCCAGGGACAUGGCUUGUUACUCCGUGGUGUUAGUCCCGUGAAGUCCUUCAGACAUUUUUAUCUCAGAUACUUGCUGUUGGGCUUCUGGGGUAUUACUGUUACGAGUAUCUCCUUUUGAACUUAAACAGGAUGACUCGCCCGCGGAAAGUGAAUAUCUCAGAUACGCAUGAUACUUGUUGAUGAGCGUAUUGUGGUGAUGGGAAUCAAAACUAGACUGUUACUUAUAUAGCCUUCAUCGUACUCAAUAAAUCACUUUGCCAAUGCCA